CAUUAAUGGCGAUGUCGGGUCGUACAGGCAAGUUUGUCGCUGUGCUGCGCGAUUUGAGCUAAAUUUUGUGUCUCUGAGGAGAAGGGCUGCACGAAUGUCCCGUUCGGCGGACGCAGUGGCGGAGUGCCUCGGCGAUGGUGACAUCCACGCGCUCAUGUCUGGCGACAUAGCGGAGAUGGAGCAGGAGGUCAUCACGGAGGACAUGGAGGUGAACACGGUCUUCCCGCAGGUGGACGCGGAAUGUGCGAAUGGGCUCAAGGGCAAGGAGGAGGAGCGCAGGAAGGCGCCUGUGAAGUCGUACGCCAUCAAGAAGCGCGAGAAUGCGUCCAGUGAUCGCGGCGCGAACGCCAGCGAGGGCAAAAUGGUGAUUGUGAAGCUGCUGCCCAGCUUCGAGGCGGCCGACGGCGCACCUGGCGCCGCCAGCACACCUGUCGCCGAGAAGGCGGACGAGGAGAAUGGCGAGGAGAGCAAGACGAAGAUCAAGCGCGAGAUGAAGCAGCUGCACAAGAUGAUGAAGGCCUCGAAGGUGCUCUCGGACUACAUCACGGACGGCAAUCACGCACGCGUGCGGAAGUCACGCAAGUCGGCUCCGCGUGGUGGCCAGCAGCGUGGCCGCAGUCUGUCCGUGAUCGACGCCUCGUCGAUGCGACUGAAUUUCCUGCGAAAGUCCACCGGCAAUGCUGAGGAUCUGGGCAUGCAGAAACGAUCAAACAUGCGCUCGCAGAACGCCGAGUUCACGCUGAAGCAGCAGAAGUUUCUCAAUCGCAUCCAACGCGAAGAGGAGCUGGAGGACGGCGAUGAUGACGACGAAGAGGAGGACGAGAAAGACAUGGACGAAAUGUCGGACAAUUCGGAGAAUGAGAGCAACGAGACAAAGAGUCUCAAGUGCACGAGCGAGUACAGUGAUUCCAUCCCCAUCAUCAAGAUUUCCAACCUGCAGAAGCCGCCGAAGGAGAACGCCGACUUCUUUUGCUGGCGCUGCCACGGCGACACCGUGAAUCUGUCGUGCUGCCAGUGCGUGCGCUCGUAUCACAGCAAGUGUCUGAAGCUGACCGGCGUGCAGGGUGGCGACGCGUGGACGUGUCCAGAGUGCGUGCAAUUGUCCGAGACGUCUUCCAGCACUUUAUCUGUGGAUCAAUUGUCGACGCUGCUCAUGUUUGCCUGGAAUCGCAUGACACAGCUGCAGAAGACGACAGAGGCUGUGGAGAAUUUCAAUGUGGACAGCCUGAAGAAGUGUGAGUCAUACAUUAAGAACCCAGUCACACUGGCGGAUCUCAAGACCAACAUUCGCACGAAGAAGUACAAGGCGACGCAUGACUUCAUGAUGGACGUCAAGUGGAUAUUGCACAAUUGCUAUGUGUAUUACACGUGCGUAACGCCGUUCGACAUGAAUCUGCUGAAGGUGGUGAAGAGCCUGGUGAGGGUGUGCAAGCAGGAGAUGAAUGAGAUUGAGACGUGCUCGGAGUGCUACUACAACGCCAACACGCAGGCGGAUUGGUUCGUGGAAGUCUGCACGAAGCCGCACAUCCUGCUGUGGGCGAAGCUGAAGGGCUUCCCGUACUGGCCGGCGAAGGGAAUGGCCGUGAAUGGCGCCACGUCGGUGGAUGUGCGAUUCUUUGGGGCGCACGAUCGUGCCUGGGUGCCGCUUAAGGAGUGCUAUCUCUACUCGGAGAAGAAUCCGAGUCAGGGCAAGACGAAGAGGAACAAUAUUGAGCGCUGCAUCAAGGAGAUUGAUGUGCACAUUGCGAAGAUCAAGGAUAAAUUUGGGGUGUUCAACUAUCCGGACUUCCGAACGCCGUAUGAUCCGCAGAAUGAGGUGAAGCAGCUGCAGAUGAUGAUUCCUACUUACAACAUGUCUGACAAGAAGCCGCUGGCGAAGCUGCUGAAUGCGACCAGCGCGAGCCCGAAGAACAAUCUCACGUACAGAAUUAUCAAGACAGCGGACAAUAAUCUGUCGAUAGCGCCGGUGGUGAAGAAGACGGAGCCAAUGAAUGGCGUGGCGGUGAAGAUGGAGGAGGAGGAGUCGGAGGUGCCGGAGGAGAAGCAUGCGAUUCCUGAGGUGAAGCCCACCAAGAUUGUCAUCAGUCGCAAGAAGUAUCUGGACGUGAUGGCGUCGCAAGCGCCCACGAAGACCAUUCUGGAGAGCAAAUCAUAUCAGGCGGUGAAGAAGCCACAAACGUGUGCGACGGAACAGCGGAAGGUGGACUGUGUGAUUAUCAAGAGGAAGUCCUCCAAUUGGAAUGCAGUGCCAUCGAAGAGGUCGCGAAUGUCGUGCGAAGAUGCCGAGGAGGCGAAGCAGAAAGAUGUGGCGGAGCAGCAAGUGUCCAGUUCGGAUGAUCUGGUGAAGAUGAAGGAAAGCAAUACGACAAGCAAUAGUAGUAGUAGUAGCAGUAGUAGUAGUAGUAAUAUAGGUAAGAAAUCAGUGGAAGUCGCUCCGGAUCCUGUCGCUGGGCCGUCGAGGGUGAAAAUGCCGCCGGAUUCGACGAAGCAGAAGAAGUCUGAGGAGAAGGAGGUGGAGAGUCUGAAGGGAAAGGUAAAAUCGCCAGAGUCUGAUGUCAAUUCUUCGCAAUCCUCCGCUUCCGCAACGCCACCGAGUGAUUGCAGCUCCUCCACAUCGACAAUCACGAAGAAGCCCAUUGUUAUCAGCACUGGGAAUCUGUUUGACAACGAAGAGAUUCGCUUUGAGCAGUCGCCGUCGAAGGCGACGGAGAGUGAGACAUCAAUUAUGGACACGGCACUGAUUUCUCUCCCUCAAAUCAGCAUCAUCCGGAAUAAGUCGGCGGGAAAUGCGAGUGGAGAGGAGAAGAAGAGUGUUCAGGAGACAUCGAGUGCGCCAUCGUCUUCCUCCAGUGCUGUCAGUGGACAGAAUGAAGUGACGACGACGGAGGCGAAGAAGAGUGUGGCGCCUGUGAAGGAGAGUGCCCAGGAAAUCCGUCGACGCACGAGGAGUGGCAAUUGUCCGCCGCCUGGGAAGAAAGAUGUGCGCGAGGAGAGUACAAAGGUGCCGGAAAAUGUGUCAAUUACGAAUCAGGGUGAGGAGGAGAAGCAAGAAUCCGCUCUGACCAGAUCCAAGACAUCACGCAUUACGAACUCUAAUCAGGAGACAACGGAGAAGAUCAUCGACACGGUAGGAAGUAGCACGAGGAAGAGCUCCAGAGAGCCAGAAUCCGUCACGCCGCCCAGCAAUGUCAUUGAUCUGGAUGUCGAGGAGGUGCGGAUAAAGUCUGAGCCCAUUUCUGACACGGAGGAUUCGUCGCGUCCGCCGUCGGUGCCACUGGAAUCUCGCACGGACAAGCCUGUGGGCAGGGCGAAGGGGAGACUGCAGCAUCGGCCAUUUGUGGCCAGGAAUGCACCGGGUUUUGCCACGCGUCGAUCGCGGAAGAUUAACACGGACAAGAUUCAGCGUGCACGCAAAUCCUUCCCCACCAGCUUGCGCGCCCACGUGGGUGCGCUGAACAAUCUGGAGGCCAUGAAUAGCAUGGUGUACAUCCCGAUGGACUCAAAUCUCAAGCGACUGGACCUGGAAUCCAGCACUCCUGGCCCAGUGCCGCCACUCGCGGCUGUCGUGAAGGAGAAGAAUUCUUCCGGUCUGCCAAUUCCACCGCUCGUUCCUACGAAGAUCGCCGCGACGGAGACGUCGCACAUGCUCUCGGGCAUCGUGACACAGAGUCUGGCCAAUGCCAUCACGGACACGAUCGUCAAGGGGCCGCCGAAGCUCAUGUCGAAGCCCACGGGCACGCUGCGCUCGGAGGGAGACUCUGUGUUCCCUUCGGAAGCCGGUCCGGCGUGCCAAUUGCUGAUCGACAAUGCCCACAAGAUGACUGACUUCUUUAGGACUGUGAUAGAGGAUACUCUGGGCGACUUGGCGAAGAAUGGCUGUCUGGAUGCGAAGGUGAAGAUGCUAGAGAUGGAGAUUGAGAAGCUGAAGUUUGCUCACAACAAGGAAAUCACACAGCUCAAGAACAGCACAGACUUGAUUCUGUGCGAGAUGAAGAACAGCGUUGAGCUGGAGAAGACGCGCGUGAUCAAUGAGACGAGGAAGCAGUGCGAAAUAGAGCGGAUUCGUGCUGUUGAGGAGACGAAGAAGAAGCAGUGGUGCGUGAAUUGUGGCAAGGAAGCGCAGUUCUACUGCUGCUGGAAUACAUCCUACUGUGACUAUCCAUGUCAGCAACAGCAUUGGUCGCGCCACAUGAAUUCCUGUGCCCAGAAUGAGAGCAACAGUGUGGAAAAUCGCUUGUCGCAGAAGAAUCACACUCGGACCGCCAGUCAAGGCGCCAGUGGGUCAAAGGCGAAGGAGAGCAACUUGAGGAAUAUCAAUUCAGGCGGUAAUCGCAAUUCUCUGGUGCGAAAUCCGACAUCAGUGCAGCGAACAACGGUUCCAUCCACGAAUUCCUCGCCGUGCUACGCUCUGGUGCCGAAUCGCCAUGGCCACGGAUGGGAAAUGGUGAGCGGCUCGCAGGCCAACAUCUCGAACUCCCUCCUGCCCUCGUCGAUGGUGCUCAAUCAGCAGACUUCCAGCCUCUUGUCGGGCUCCGUGGCGCCCAUGACGGCGGCGCCCCAAGUGACUGGCUCCGGUGCCAUCAUAGAUGGCAUCCUCAUCACGCCGGACACGUAUUUGCUGAAGAAGUGAAGGGGAAAAACAGAAGGAUUUGCGUGCGGAAAAGGAGCAAUUCUGCGGCGCAAAUUGUGUGAAUAAUUGAUGUUGCUUCAGAGUAAGAUUGAGUCUAUUUUGACGGUAAUUAAUAAUAUAUAUUUUUCCCCCAUACAAUUUAAGGCACUAAUUUCAGUGCCUGUUGGCAUAAGUUUAUCCUUUAUUUUUUGUACAAUUCUAUUGAAAUGCAGCGAUGCAAGUUAUGAAGAGAAAAAGUUAUACAUGAAUUUUUUGCUAUUGAACGAGUAAUAUAUAUUUAAUAGGAACUAUAUAGAGAAGCUGUCGCGCUAUUUUAGGAUUUAAUGACCUAACAACUUAAUCUAGAGAUUAGAAAUUACAAUAAAUUUGAGAAUAUUUCAGAACAAU